CGUGCAUUCAUGAAGGCAGUGACAGCAUGGUUCACGCUGUUUGGAAAGUAAUGUGCUACAAAACCCGAGGAGAGGCCACUUUUAACCGAAGUGGAGACUUCAGCCUAACGCGCACGUUCAUGUUAAACUGCUGUCGAUAAGUAUUUUAAUAUCGCUAUCACAGACUUCCUGCAACGUCGUGACUUUGUUUUUACUCGGUCAAAACAGAAGCGGUGUCCUUUCAUGGGCUCGCGACCUGUAACCAAAAUGAGCUUACUGGACAGGUGCGUUGACAGGCUAAUUAAUCUUAGUCUUUGAAUUGGUUUGUUAUUGCUUUGAAAAUUGGCUAUAAUAUAAAAUGGAGCAGAAACAUUAUUUGUCGUGUGGAAAUGAUUCGUCGUCGUCCGGUUCAAACACCUUGUCCGAGGGAGAAGAAAUGACGCCCGUCCCCGUCCUGGACAGGAAAGUUUCUGGAGAUGGAGAUGACGGCCACAACUCGGACUUCGAAAGUGUUAACGAAGCGGAGGACGACGAGGAGACACCAAGAGAAGAAGAAAGUGAGGACGAAGACGAAAAGUUGGACAACAUCCUUUACCCUCCCUCCGCUUACCUCAGGAAGUCCAGUAACCCUGAGUUGACUCGGGGAUUAAGUCCUGCUCUCAAAUUAAAGCGACAUCUCAGUGACGAUGGAAAACACGUUCGAAGACGGAGUCUUGGGGGUGGUCUCACAGGAAAGUAUCUUCUGCUACCCUCCCACCCCCAGCAGAUGCACACAGCAUGGCAGCAGUCAUCGGAGUUGUCUAACCUGGUUCGUAUGCGUUCACUGAACCUCGGAAAGUCGGACCCCUCCCUCACCUCCAGCCUGAAAGAGCUGAGUCUUCCCAGAAGAGGCAGUUUUUGCAGAACGAGCAACAGAAAAAGCCUGAUAGGAAGCGGUCAGUCUUCAGGUUUACAGCGACCUCACUCCCCUCUCUCAUCUCUUACAGGAACAAGCCCACAAGACAGUCCUAGAAAUUUCUCUCCUAGUGCCUCUGCUCAUUUCUCCUUUGCACGAAGUCAUUGCUACAGAGCAGACAGGACUGAUGGUCGCCGCUGGUCGUUGGCCUCCCUUCCAUCCUCUGGAUAUGGAACCAACACGCCCAGCUCCACUGUCUCUUCAUCCUGUUCAUCACAGGAGAAGCUGCACCAGCUGCCCUUCCAGCCUACACCUGAUGAACUGCACUUUCUCUCCAAGCACUUCUGCACUGAGAGUAUCUCCGGGGAUGAAUGCCGCAGAGCAACGGCCAUGCGACCCCGCUCCCGCAGUCUCAGCCCUGGAAGAUCUCCAUCAUGUUUUGACCAUGAGAUUAUCAUGAUGAAUCACGUCUACAAGGAGCGGUUUCCUAGAGCCACAGCUCAGAUGGAGGAAAGGAUUCAGGACAUCAUACGCAGCAACUCUCCGGAGAGCGUCCUCCCUUUGGCAGAUGGUGUGCUCGGCUUUGCCCACCACCAGAUAAUUGAACUGGCCCGUGACUGUCUGGAGAAGAGCCGGUUAGGACUCAUCACCUCCAGCUACUUCUGCGAGCUCACUGACAAGCUGGAGAGGCUUGUUCAGGAGUCCACAGAGAGAUCAGACAGCGAGGAGGUUAACUUCAUCAGAGAGCUGGUGAAGAAGAUCCUCAUCAUCAUAGCCCGACCUGCUCGACUGCUCGAAUGCCUGGAGUUUGACCCAGAGGAAUUUUACCACCUUUUGGAGGCCGCAGAAGGACACGCUAAAGAGGGCCAGGGCAUCAAAACGGACAUCCCUCGUUACAUCAUCAGCCAGCUGGGACUCACAAGAGAUCCUCUGGAAGAAAUCGCUCAGCUGACCAGCUGUGACAGCGGGAUUGCAGAAACACCAGAAACGGACGACUCUUCUCACAGCCUCAGCAUAGCCUUGCGGUGCCGGCGUAAACCAUGUGAAUUGGACUUUGAGAUGACAAAACUCAUCAGCAAUGGUGCCUAUGGAGCUGUUUAUCUGGUUCGGCACAAGGAAACAAAGCAGCGGUUUGCCAUGAAAAAGAUCAACAAGCAGAACCUGAUUUUGAGGAAUCAGAUACAACAGGCCUUUGUGGAGAGAGACAUCCUCACCUUUGCCGAGAACCCUUUUGUGGUGUCCAUGUACUGCUCCUUUGAGACAAGGCGGCACCUGUGUAUGGUCAUGGAAUAUGUUGAAGGUGGAGACUGUGCAACCCUUUUGAAGAACAUGGGUCCCCUGCCUGUGGAUAUGGCCAGGAUGUACUUUGCAGAGACAGUGCUGGCUCUGGAGUAUCUCCACAACUAUGGCAUCGUCCACAGGGACCUCAAACCAGACAAUUUGCUGGUUACAUCAAUGGGACACAUUAAGCUGACAGAUUUUGGGUUGUCCAAAGUUGGGCUGAUGAACAUGACAACGAACCUGUAUGAGGGACAUAUAGAGAAAGAUGCAAGGGAGUUCUCUGAUAAACAGGUAUGUGGAACCCCAGAGUAUAUUGCACCAGAGGUGAUCCUAAGACAAGGCUACGGGAAGCCGGUGGACUGGUGGGCAAUGGGCAUCAUCCUCUACGAGUUCCUUGUGGGCUGUGUGCCUUUUUUUGGAGACACACCAGAGGAGCUGUUUGGACAGGUCAUCAGUGAUGAGAUCAACUGGCCUGAGGGAGAAGAUGCCCCACCUCCUGACUCUCAGGAGCUCAUCACCUUGCUCCUCCGGCAGAAUCCUUUGGAAAGGAUGGGCACAGGCGGAGUUGCCGAAGUGAAGCAGCAUCAAUUUUUUGACAACCUGGACUGGAACAGCCUGCUGAGGCUUAAGGCUGAAUUUAUUCCUCAGCUGGAGUCUGAAGACGACACCAGCUACUUUGACACCCGCUCUGAGAGAUACCAUCACCUGGAGACAGAGGAAGAGGAUACAAAUGAUGAAGACUUCAAUGUAGAGCUGCGGCAGUUUUCCUCUUGUUCUCACAGAUUCUCUAAGGUUUACAGCAGCCUGGAUUUGUCCCGUGGGCACCUGGAGGAGAAGGGAGAGACGGAGGGGAAGAAGAGUGAGAGCCCACUGACUGUUGAUUCUCUCAGCUGGACACCAGACUUUGCUGAAAUGCCCUCGCUGUCCCACUCUACAGACACAGAUGGUCUGAAUCAAGGCCCUCUCCCCAACUUGUUGCCAAAGUUUGCCAUCUCAGCAGAGAGUGAAGGAGACGAGACCUCUGGCCUCGGUGACCCCAGCAAAACCUCCUUCUCCACCGGAGAGCUCCUGCAGGAUGAGCCUGACGCUACCACUCCAGGCAGCACCCACAGUGGAGCCACGCUCUCUGGAAGCUUCUCAGAACAUCUGGACCAGUUGACACCCAGAGGUGAGGGAGUGGAGAGCCCUGACAGUACCAGUCAUACCUCGGCAGACCAGGGGGUUCAGACUAACUCUUUGCGGCCUGAGAGUGCUGCAGAGAAGACCGGAGCUGUGGCAAAAGUCCCAAAGUCAGUCUCAACUGGUGCCCUGUCCCUCAUGAUCCCUGGGGAUAUCUUCGGGGUGUCUCCGCUUGCCAGCCCCCUUUCUCCGUACUCCCUCUCCUCAGACCCGUCCUCACGAGACUCCUCUCCAAGUCGAGACUCCUCCCUCUGUACCACCAACCCACGGCAGCCCGUCGUCAUCCACAGCUCAGGGAAGAAGUUUGGCUUCACGCUGAGGGCAAUCCGGGUGUACGCUUGUGACGGUGACAUCUACACCGUAUACCAUAUGGUCUGGAAUGUAGAAGACGGGGGUCCUGCACAUGAAGCAGGACUCAAAGCUGGAGACCUCAUUACUCAUGUGAACGGAGAACCAGUUCACGGUCUUGUCCACACUGAAGUGGUGGAGCUCCUGCUCAAGGUAAAUGACAAUAGUGGUAGCAAAGUGGCCAUCUCCACAACCGCCUUUGAAAAUACUUCGAUAAAAACUGGUCCAGCCAGGAGGAACAGCUACAGGAGCAAGAUGGUGAGAUGUGCCAAAAAGCCCAAGAAGGAGAAGAAGGAGAAGACACCAGAGAGGCGCCGCUCCCUUUUCAGGCGUUUUGCCAUGCAGCCCUCUCCUCUCCUGCACACAAGCCGCAGUUUCUCCUCUCUCAACCAUUCUCUGUCAUCUGGUGAGAGUCUCCCUGGCUCCCCCACCCACAGUCUCUCCCCUCUUUCCCCUACUGCUACCUUCCGCCACACACCAGACUUCACCCAGUCAGGUGGCAACUCCUCACAGAGUAGCUCCCCCAGCUCCAGUGCUCCAAACUCCCCUGCAGGCUCAGGCCACAUUCGUCCCAGCACCCUCCAUGGCCUGGGCCCCAAACUGCCAGGCCAAAGGCUUCGCCAGGGGCGCCGCAAGUCUGCCAGCAGCAUUCCCCUUUCUCCUUUGGCCCGCACACCUUCACCAACCCCCCAGCCAACAUCUCCUCAGCGCUCACCCUCUCCCCUUCUCAGUGGGCACCCUGUUGCCAUUUCCAAGACCAACCAAGCCUUCCCAGCUAAGAUACAUUCCCCACCCACAAUUGUACGUCAUAUUGUGCGCCCCAAAAGUGCUGAGCCACCUCGCUCUCCCCUGCUAAAACGUGUCCAGUCCGAAGAAAAGCUUUCCCCCUCUUACACAGGCGAUAAGAAGCACCUGUGUCCCAGAAAACACAGCCUGGAGGUGACCCAAGAGGAGGUGCACGAUGAGGAUCUGAGGCCUGCAGAGCGGGAUUACACCAUCUUGCAGAGUGUGGAAGAAACAUUCUGUGAGCCGCUGGCAAUCAACCGUAUUCGACCUGUUGAGCAGGGCUGCUUAAAGAGACCCGUCAGUCGCAAGAUGGGCCGACAAGAGUCUGUUGAGGAGCUCGACAAGGAAAAGCUUAAGUCUAAGAUGGUUGUAAAGAGACAGGACUGGUCAGAGAGGAGGGAGUCUCUACAGAAGCAAGAUGCCCUGCGUGAAUCUGACUCAUCCCCCUUGUGUGCUGAUGACAGGGAUGAAACUUUUCUGGUCCGAGGCCAAAACAAAACCCAGAGCAUCCCAGACUCUGGACCUAAAGAGGUCAAAGCUGCUAGCACAACCCUCAAAGAUGUGCUAUAUAAGAAACUUAACACACGUCUCUCUGAGGGCAUUGCUGAAACAUCUGGCGGCUGCUGUGAAAGUGAAGGAGGACUCAGAUCAACACUCUGCUCUAUUCACCCCGAGUGGCAGCACACCAGACAGAGUAAAGAUACCAUGAAGCCAGAAAGAUUGGACUUCAAAGCUCCCAACAUUGAGUUCACUAGGAAAAGGUUGUCGUUUGAAGAACGUGAAGACUGCAUGUGUCGGUUGUCCUCCGGCAUCCACGAGAACCUGCACUUUGGCUCCACCAGGUCUAAGAGCCUCCAGCUUGACACGGCCAUGUCUCAUGAGCACAUGAAAGCAGGGCUGGGAAGUGUUCACUCCAUCCCAGAAGGUCUGUCUCCCAAGCUUUUCUCCAGUAGAGGAGAGAGCGCUGUGGAAAAACUCCAGCUCAUCUCCUCUGCAGAGUCUCCGCUUCGAAAGACAUCUUCUGAAUAUAAACUUGAAGGACGUCACGUCUCCUCUCUCAAACCUCUGGAAGGCACCCUAGAUAUUGGUCUUCUCUCAGGGCCCAGAGUCUCGAAAACAGAAACCUGUUUAUCUAAAAUGGCGGAGAACACAAGUGACUGUGUUGCUUCGAGUCCUCCAAUUUGGCUCCAGACCCCUGCAGAGAGACAAAUUACCAUCCCCCAACUGAAAACUACAGACAAGCUGAAGAGCCCCCUGACUUUUUCGACAAGCCCUGAAGCUGUUUCUUAUCUAAAUAGCAUAGUUGCCUCCAAAGAUCAGUCAAAUAAUGCUGCUACAGAGGUGAAAAUCAGUACAAGUAGUGAGAAAACACAGGAUAGACAUAGGGAAUCAGUAAAGGCUCAAACCAGUAAAGUAGAGGCCUCAAGCUUUACUGUAAAACAAGAGAGCAGGACGGGUAUGAAGUCCACUUCCUCACUGGCUCAUGAACACAGAGGCCCUCGACACAGCUCCCACUUCUCCUCCUGUGGAAAAACACCCUCCAUACGGGAAGUCAGCAAUGAAGAUCAGGAGGAUGAAGUGGAGCAGGAAGUCACAUCACACACUACAUUACCAAAUACUGACAGCUGCAAGACAGUAGUCUCUUUGACUUCAGCAAAGCUGGAGGUGGACAUUAAAACUGCAGAGACUCCAUCUACAGCUGCCAGCGAACUAUUCCCUGUGUCGCUGAAGCAGAGUAUAAACUGUGGUUUGGAUACAGGUCAGCAUCAGAGCUGUGAGAGAAAAACAGCUACUGCACAGAGCUCAAAUCUGACCUCUGUUACUGAAGUGACUGUACAGAACAACUCUUCAUCUGUACGCGUUUCAGAGACCAAGCUUUCUAAACCGCAGCCGUUGACCAUCUGCUCUUCAAAUACAGAAACGCAGGCUUCUAUCACAUCUGCUUCUGUGCACGAAAAUAAAACCUGCAGUUUAAAAUUAGAAGAUCACGACUGCUCGGAAAGAUCUGUUCCUAACGGUGUGCAAUCUAACAGUUUAGCUGUGAAAGUGGUCAUUGAUACAGGCAGCUCAGGCUCAAAGAAGGACGUCAACACAUGUAGACGUUUCUAGGUCUGAAUGUAAGCAAUCAUAUGCUGAUCAUUUCUGGUAAUUUUUACAUCAAGAUGAAUGUUUGGAAGUUUUGUUUCUGCUUUGUGCAAUCAGUAUGUCGGAGGCAGCAGGGAGAAGCCUUACACAGGUGGUGAUGUACUGUAGAGUCAGUGCCAUAAGUCAUUUUUAAUUGCACUCUUACUUCUAAACUUGGAGGACCUACAGUCUUUUAAUGCAGAAGACCACUCAAUUUUGCUCAGCAAUUCAGUUCAGUGUAAUCCGAUUAUUGUUAUGUCGGGGUUUUGUGCAGUGGUACACAGAGGGAACGUCCUGUGCGUUUCACUUUAAACUUAACCUAAAAUCUUCUCACGGUUCUAGAAAUCAUAAAUUAGUGAAGGGGCCUUAAAAUCAUGGGAAAUAAAAACUUGCUGUUCUUAGCAAGGUGUGGUGUUUAUUCACAUUCCUCGGACAUCUGUACAUAUAUAUUUUUGAUUUUUAUGCAACAUGGUGUAAAUAUGAUAACACUGUAAAACUGGGAUUCAUGGGCUUCCAUGAUUGUCGUUUGUAUUAUAUGUAUAGUUUUUGCAAUGUCAUUUGUUUGUAUGCUCAAUAUUAAGAGUAUCUGCUUGAUAACUCUGUGGUCUAAAGUAAGCUACUGUGAUGUAUCCUGUCAAAGGCAUCCUCUUCUUUGUGACUUUUAACAUGUUUUCACAUGUUUCAAAAUGAACUUGUCAAGAAAGAAGAAGAAAAAAGGGGGUAACUGGACUUUUCUAAAAAUGUAGCAUUACCGUAUAUAAGAAAACUGUGAGGGCUGUCAGCAUUUCCCAAGAAUGCCUUUAUUGUUGAUGUGUUUGCUGGCAGGCCACGGUUUAAAGUGAUAGUACACUUUUAAAGUGAGCUUGUAUGAGUCGGCGUAUUACUUACAGUAGAUGGCGGUCAGCACGCCCCCAGUUUGGAUACACUGGAAGCUAAGCAGUGUAUUGCUGUGUACAGGGAGAGAAGCAAAACGGAUUUGAGAUGCCUAAAAAAAGGACCACCUAACAAAAUCCAUUUAAGUGUACACUAUAUUUAGAAUAUUUUCAAUGCUUUACCUUGCUAUCAAACAGCGCCUAUGCAGCUGAAGCUGUCUUAUCACUCUCUUCCAAUCCACCAGACUCCUUUGACAAAAGCAAUAAUUAUACCUCUGUAGUUGCUGGUCGACUGCUGCCUUGAUCAGUUAGUAUGUGUUUUAGUUUUUUGUGUUUUUAGACUGUUAGGAACUAAGAAAACUAACAAAUUAACCAUUCAAGAAAGUUGUAGACCAGUUACUCCUGUGUUCUGUAAGGUAAAACGUUUUUUUGUCAAAGAAGUCUGGUAGCUUUGAAAAGACCAUCGAUGUAUACAACAGCUUCAAUUCACCCGAUGUUAAGGGCGGUCUGACACUUAAGGAAAGUAAGGUUCUAAUAUAAUGCUCUUUUUAGGUGUCUUUAAUAAAAUGUUUUGCCAUGUGGCCCUGUCCACAGCUUAGCUUUUGUUUUGGGACUCCUCACCCAUUUACUGUAACUUAUACAACCCCACUUCAAAACAUCCAAACUAUCCCUUUAUAGAAUAUACAAUAUGAACUAUUGUGUUUGAUUAACGAGGUGAACCAGAUGUUCUGUUUUCCAAGAAUUACUGCAGUAGGUUUCUGAAGGCUUUGGGCAUCACCCUGGUUAUGGCCACGUCUGGACAGAGUCGUCUGAUAUAAGAUCAAUCGUGUGCGUAAGAUAAGCUAACAAGUACCCAGAGAGCUUCACCGUCGGGGUUUCAAUGUCAGGUUUUAGGUCUCGGUGGUGUUUAAGUCGUGUGUGUGAGUGUUUUGAUGUUUUAAAGGACUCUUCAUAAUGAGCAGCAGCAGGCUUAAAGCUUCACUUGGAUAAGAAUUUCAUACAAUGAAUCCUGAUUAUUCGCAUUGCGUAGGUCAUGUGCACAACACACAUUUGAUGUUAAAUACUUACUAUACAUAUAGGCUGUCAUAUAUCUGCAUUCACCUUUUGCAACUUACUCACACACACACACACACACACACACACACACACACACGUGUUUUGUAUAUUGUAGAUGCCUUUAAAUUGCAAACCCUAAAUGACAACCAGGAGGUAGCCUAGUACAUUAGGUAUAUAAUGCAGUAUUUUCUCUGUUGUGCUGGCUAUGUAAAAACAAUACUCUUGUCAACUACGUAUAUUCUUAUGUUGAUGAGUUAAACAAGACACAGAAUAACGUUGAUCUAAAUAGCAUACUGUAUCCAAGAAGGAAACUGAAACGUGAGAUUGGUUGCAGAGAUUUUAAUGUUAAAAGAAUCUGAUGUUUACUCGCAUUAGAUAGUUAUUGUAUUGCUAAAGUAAUGUGAGAGAACAAAUGCACCUUAAUGUUAAUAUUCAGUUCAAAGGGUGAGAAGAAGAGGGAAAUUGGAACUGUAAAUGGUUUAUGAAUUCCCCUCUCAUCCUGACUUCAGAUUUAAAUGAAUCACAGAAUUUUAUUUGAACAAAUUGAACUACACACACACACACUUUUUCCCCCUUUGACAACUCAAAGCACAUUCAAUGUUUGUUUACAAAGCAUCAUGGAUGUAUAUUUUGUAUAUUGUUGAUUUGCCAAAUCUAUGUUCUGUGUCAAAGAUAAUGUUGUUUCUAGUAGUGUGAGACUUUGCUCCCUGCCUCCAGGAUGUUUAAGAAGAACAUUUGUUUGUGCCGUAAUCAAUGUCUUUUCACAUGUCAGGUUCUUCUCUCUCUUUUCAGUUUUCUAUUUUUCUUCCUUUCUCUGUGCAAAACUAGUAUUAGAUGAACAUGCUUUCUAUGGUUUGUCUUUUAGAUAAUGUGCAAUAAAAGUGUUUUGAGUUUUGUAUUUUGCCCAAGGAAAGCUCUAUGGAUGUCAUAGAUGUUGUAUAUUAAAACAGAUAUUUAUACUUCUAAUGUUGCGUAAUACUGAAAAUAAAAUGGAAUUCUAAA